CAUAUAUAGCUGCAUAUAGAACAUUUACAAUAUAGUUUUGGUCUUUUGACGUAUAAAUUUAGAAAAAUUAAUCAGCAAUGACUGACGAUUCCAAUGGAGAAUCCACAUUUGAAUUUGUCGAAAGAAAAACUGACGAAUCAUCCACAUCUGGAGAAAUCGUAAAAACAGAUUCUUUUAGCAGUUUAUCUUCAUCAGCAUCUUUAUUAAUGCCAUUAGGCAUAUCAACAUCAACAGGAAAUUUAUUAUCAAAUGUAGCUCCACCUAGUGCAUUACCUAGCUUUAUUUCAAAUCCUGGAACAUUAUUAUCAGAGAGGCCUAAUAAUUUGGAACCACCUACACAAAAGAAAUCUCAUGAAGAUGAACCUACUAAAUCAAUAUUAAAUACCAUUAUUCAGAAUAAACCGGUACAGCAAGAAACACAUCAAGUAAUUACAACUACUAUUGUUACUCCGUCCAUACAAAAUGUACAAAGUACAGUCCCAAUAGAAACUAUAGUCCAGGAUUCGGGAAUAGUUGGAGGUGGUCUAUUGUCAUGGGUUAAAGAAACAGUAGUAAACAGUAAUGUUUUGAGCAAAGUUGCAGAAAAAGCAAAAAACAGUGUUAAUACUAUGAUUACAACAUUAGAUCCUCAGAUGCGUGAGAUCAUCUAUUCUGGAGGUGAUAUGGAAAUCAUAGUUGCAUCAGAUAAAGAUGUUACAAUAAGUUCUGUGCGUCAGGCCUUUCAAACUGUUUUUGGAAAAGCAACAGUAGCUGGUGUGUCAGUAAAAAGUUCAGCAAUAGCUAUUCAACCAGUUGGUUUUGCUGCUGGUGUGAAAGGGGCAGAAGAAAGAAUUAAUUCUGCACGUAAUAUUGCAACUCUUCCAAAAGAUAUACCUAUAAUAGCAGUGGAAAAUUUUUUGUUGGAAGUUGGUGAAGAUAAGUGGUAUGAUUUAGGAGUAAUACUUCUUAAUGAUCCCAAACGUAAUGUUAAUUUACAAACAUUUACUCAAAUGACUCCUGUACCAAGUCAAAUAGUAACAAUGGCACAAGAAGCUACACCUGAAGAUUAUCCUCUUAAAUGGUCUGGUUUAUCAGUUACUGUUGGUAGUUUAAUGGCAAACAGUUUACAGGUUCCUCACAAUGAAUGGCACCAUGCACUCACUGGAAUUUCAAGAAGAGACAUUAUACUUUUAGCUGUUCAAUCAUUAGCUGGAAUCUACAAGAAUACAAUUAAUCCUAUCUAAAUUUUUAUGAACA